CAUAAUUAUGAGCUACUUUUCUUCUCUCUCUCUGUAUUUUCUUUUGUGUAGUUUGAGCAAUUCAUCCAUCUCCAUGGAUAUGCUUUAGCUUGAAGAAGACUUUCUUCCACAUCUCCCCCCAACUCCAACUGAGAAAUCAUUUAAACAAAUAGGAUGGGUUUCCUUUCGUUAUGCUACUCCUUCCUCCUCCUCCUCGGCCUCCUCACGGCCGCAACCGCAGCCUACAACGCCACCGAUAUUAUCAGGCUUGACUGCGGCGCAACAACUAUCACCAACUCCCCCGAUCAAAGGACCUGGAAUCCCGACUCCGGAUCCAAAUUCAUGCCAGCAUCCAACGAUUUGUCGACUAUUUCCACAGCCGACCAACAACCUUCCUCCGUCCAACAAAUCCCUUAUUUAUCCGCACGCAUAUUCCCAUCCCAGUUUACCUACUCUAUCCCUCUCUCGUCCGGCCCCAAGUUCCUCCGCCUCUAUUUCUACUCCGCCACCUAUUCCGGCCGCGAUAUCACCAAAUCAUUCUUCAACGUCUCCGCCGCCGGUCAUACCCUUCUGGCUAAUUUCAGCGUUUACCUUUCCUCCCCUGAAAAUUCUCCUUCUUUCGUUAAAGAAUUCGUGGUCCACGUCGGAAAUACUCAAAACCUUCAGCUCACUUUCACUCCCACCUCCUCCGUCGAUUCCUACGCCUUCAUCAACGGUAUAGAAAUUGUUUCCAUGCCGGACAAUCUCUAUCUAACCGGCCUCAACUCUCCUAGCACGACGCUCGUCGGGAAGAAUUCGAGUUUUAUCGUCGAUACCGGCAUGGCACUCGAGACACUUUACCGCCUAAACGUCGGUGGACAAUCAAUCAACGUCCAGGACGACACCGGAAUGUUCCGGAAGUGGGAUAACGAUAACGGAUUUCUUAAGCAUAACAGUAUCGUCGGAAAAGAAACUAACGUGGAUUUCACUGUCCUGUACAACAACAGAACGCCGGCGUACACAGCACCAGAUGCAGUUUACACAUCCCAGCGUGCAAUGGGUCCUGACCAGAAUAACUUGAUCGUCAACAUGUCGUGGAUCUUCAGCGUCGAUUCGGGAUUUAGUUAUCUCCUGAGACUCCAUUUUUGCGAAUUUGUAAUCGAUAUAGAUGGAAACAAUCAACGGGUUUUCACUGUAUUUCUGGGCGAUCAGAUUGCGGAUAAAAGUGUGGACGUGUUCAGAAGAGCCGGCGGCAAGGAAAUCCCUAUAUUUAGCGACUAUGUAGUAUCGCUACCUGUGGGGAACGAUGGCAUACCUUCAAAACAGGAUCUAUCACUUUCUCUCCACCCAAACAUAGAUUCGAGACCAAGUUCCGUCGACGCUCUACUUAGCGGUCUAGAAAUCAUGAAAUUGAAUAAAUCGGACGGCAGUCUCGCCGGUCCAAAUCCGCUUAUAGCUCUCAAUCCAAUAGUUCCAGGGUCCAAUCCGCAGUCCCCUGAAAAUCGGAAUAGAAAGGGUUCAUCAUCCUCAGUAGGAGCCAUUGUCGGAGGUGUGUUGGGCGGAAUUGCUGUAAUCGCAAUCUUGGCCUUCUUGAUUUUGAAGCGCAGGAGAAAAGUGACUGAUUCAACUUCAAACUUGGAUAAAUCAUCGUGGAUUAACUUCACGACCGACACUUCAAAAUCCUCAAAGACAACAGUAUCUAUCCUUCCCUCCGACCUCUGCCGUCACUUCUCUCUAGAAGAGAUGAAAUUAGCCACUCGCAAUUUCGACAAAGAUCUGGUAAUCGGUUCAGGAGGAUUCGGCAACGUCUACAAGGGUUACGUAGAUAACGGCUCGGUGGCAGUGGCAAUCAAGAGACUAAACCCAGAAUCCAAACAGGGCGCCCGAGAAUUCCAAACGGAGAUCGAGAUGCUGUCAAGGCUCCGACACCUCCACCUCGUCUCUCUAAUCGGAUACUGCAACUACGGCGGGGAGAUGCUCCUCGUUUACGAAUACAUGUCUCACGGUACACUUCGUGAUCAUCUUUACAAGACCAAAAACACGCCGCUCUCGUGGAAGCAACGCCUCCAGAUUUGCAUCGGGUCUGCCCGAGGUCUUCACUACCUUCACACCGGGGCGAAACAGGGCAUUAUUCAUCGAGAUGUCAAAUCAACUAACAUCCUUCUCGACGAGAAAUGGGUAGCUAAAGUUUCCGAUUUUGGACUUUCUAAACUAGGACCAACCGAUUUAUCCCAAACCCACGUCACCACCGCCGUGAAAGGAAGCGUAGGAUAUCUUGAUCCAGAGUAUUACCGGCGACAACUGUUGACGGAGAAAUCUGACGUGUACUCAUUCGGGGUAGUUCUAUUGGAAGUGAUGUGCGGUCGGGCUGCAAUAAUAGCAGGUUUACCGAAAGAACAGGUGAGUUUAGCCGAGUGGGCUCGGCAAUGUAACAAGAAGGGAACCGUGGAUAUGAUGGUGGAUCCACUUUUGGACGGUCAGAUAGCGCCGGAAUGCGUGAAGAAAUUCUUCGAGGUGGCACUGAAUUGCGUUCGUGACAAUGGGACUGAGCGGCCAACAAUGGGUGAUGUUGUAUGGAGCUUGGAAUUUGCAAUGCAACUUCAAGAAGCGGCAGAGAAGGACAUAAACGAGGAAGAUGAAGAAAUGGGGUUCGGUCAUGGUAAGGUCAGGCCAUUGGGUGAACCAACGACGUCCGAUGACAGUGAGGGCAUGUUCUCGGUGUCGAGGAGCAUGGGGGCAUCGACGGUGGAGAUCAGUGGACGGGGAACUGAUUCUACAACGACCGAUCAAUAUUUCAAAUCGGAAAAUGUGUUCACGGAAAUCAUGGACCCACAGGGACGCUGAUCAGGUCAGGUCAGGUUUGGAAAUUUUUAUCCUACAUUUUGUUUUUCUUGUUAAUAUAAUUAGAUUCUAUGUUAUAAACUUGGUCUAUAUUUACAUGAUGUGUGUGCAUUGUAACAAAAUGUUUAAUCAUCCAUUUUCCAAUAUC